AUGGUGGUGGAGCUGAGAGUGCUGCUGACUGUCACCCAGAAUGACCUACAGAAGGUGGAUGCUGAAAAUGAUGAUCUUCUCACAGAGAUGAUCGUACUGAAGACCAGAUUGUCUGCCAGUGAGACUGAGGUGGAGGACCUGAAGAUGGUAACUGCAGCAGAGAUGACUACUGUGAAGACCAGACUGUCUACAAGUGAGACUGAGCUGACAGCAGUGAAGACCAGACUGGCAGCUACUGAGACUGAUGUAGUGAAUCUGGAGAAAGAGAUCACAGAUCAACCCAAGGUGGCAUUCUCAGCAAGGCUGGGUAUUUCAGGAUACAUAAACGCCGGGAAUACUGAGCUGAACUUGGUCUUCACUAAAAUCAUCACCAAUGUUGGUCAGGCCUACAGCAGCACAACAGGCUUCUUCACAGCUCCAGUCAGGGGAGUCUACUACUUCAGAUUCACUGUUGCGGAUAUGGUAUCCUCUAGGUAUAUGUACAUCAAGAUGUUUAAGAAUUCAGAACAGAUCAUGUAUAUACAUGAGUAUGGUGCACAUGAACAAUGGACUUAUCUGUCCAGUGGUGCUACUCUGCAGCUGGAGGUGGGAGAUGUAGUUAACAUGCGACUCCCUGCAGGCAACAGGCUCUCUGAUAAUGCUGGUAAUCACAACAUCUUCAGUGGCUUCCUGCUCUUUCCUCUCUGA